AUGUUAAACUCAUUUAAACCUAACAAUCUUCAGCCGUUAAAGUUCUCACUUGUGUCUCCUUCUAGUAGAGACCCUAGUGUUCCAGAAUGUGCAAGAAAUUUGGCAAAUAUUGUUGGAAUUAAAAAUGAACUUGUACAGUUUGUAGAUUUAGACAGAAAUGAGUCAUCUAUUUACCAUAACUCUGCAUGUUCAAAUGUUGAUCAGAAUUGUGUUGAUGCAGCUCUGGAUGUUCCAGUUUCAUCAGAUAAAACAUCACAGUGUGUGGGCUUUAGGGAAUUGUCUUCAGAAACUCCAUGUUCAUUAUAUACAGAUGUACCUUCAGAAAGAUCUCACACUGCCAACAGUCAGUCAACUGAUGUCAGAAACAGAUUGAGAAGACAGUUGAUAAAACCUCAAAGAUUCAUCAGAGACUAUGGCAUGACAAAAAGUACAUCAAUAAAAAUAUCUACGAGAAAAUCAAAGAAAAGUGAAAUUAUACAGCAGCGUGGAAGAGGGAGGGCUAAAGAUCAGAAUGUUAAACAAAAAAGGAUAACAACAAAAGCAUCCACUAAGACAGCUAAAGCAGCAAGGGAAAGACGCACCAAACCAGAUCAGAGAAGCACAUCUGCCAAAGUGAGCCCUGUAACAAGAGUGGAAACAGAAAAUGGCGCUAAGAUUCAUGAGGGCAACUGCUUGUUCUCUUGUAGCUUGUGCUCAUUCAAGUCAAAGUGGAGCAAAGAGUACUAUGGCCACAUGAAGCUAAGACACUUCCCUGGUCCUCCUUUUUACUGUGAUAAUGAACAGUGUGAAUACAGCACAGACAAGUUCCAACAACUGGUCUCCCAUCGCAGACAGCACAGUGACCAGCGACCUUUUGUCUGUGAUAUAUGCCUCAUGGCAUUUAGGAACAUGAGUAAUCUUUACCAGCAUUUGAAAAUCCAUUCUGAUGAAAAGAAAUUUGAGUGCCCAGAAUGUGGACACAGCUUCAGACUGAAAAAUACCCUUGUGCAACAUAUGGUCAUUCACAGUAACCUCCGACCCUACCUGUGUGACCUCUGUGGUUUCUGCACCAAAUUCCAGUCCCAUCUGAUUUCUCAUAAGCGAAUACACACGGGUGACGUUUACCACUGCGACUUUCAAUCUUGUACCUAUUCCACACCAAAAAAAUCACAGAUGAAAUCACACAUGCGUUCACAUCUGGAUAUUCGCGGCCAUGUCUGCGGCUCUUGUGGUAAAGCCUUUAUUGAAAAAUCUCAUCUGAUUAGACAUGAGCGCACACAUUCAUCAGAAAGAGCACAUGUUUGUAAGAAUUGUUCUUAUUCAUCCACUCGUGCUGAUAAACUCAGAGAACAUGUUCAGAAACAUCACAGUGCUGAAGCUGUCAGAGCCAAAACUGUCCCUUCAGUUCUAAGUAACUGA